AUGAAAAUCGCUAUCUUGUAUCUCCUGGUGGCAGCUAUCUCCACUCUAGCUCUUGUCAAGUCGGCCUCGAUUCCCCUUUAUCUGAAAGUCAGCGAGAUCGUCAAGCAUGCUGAAUAUUCGGAACAAGGCGCGGAAACAAAACUCUUGGACAGCCUCGAGCAACUACAAAGAGAUCUUUACAGCUCUCCUAUGCGCAUUCUCGAUCCGCAACGCCGCGUGUCCAACCACAUCAGUCCGACUAGGAUGUCCAAUAUUCAACUGGCUCGAAAAGAAGCCAUCAAUUCCAUCAACUUUUCCAGGAGAAAACGACCUCGCAAGGGCAUACCGCAAAGAGCUUUCUAG